UUUAGGCAUGCACUUUUCACUGUAAGUAUGAUUCUAGGUCAGUGUUGCCUGCUGUCAUUAUAUUUGAUUUUGUUUAAAGCUCCAGCUGGUGAAAACAGCUGAUUACAUGACCAUGUCAUCAUAUUUAAUUUGUAAUUAAAGUUUUAAGUCUUCUCACUGAAGAGAUGCGCUUUAAAGAACUGAGCUGUCAAACAGUAAAAGUGAGCAUCAAAUAUGACUGUACAGUAUCUCAUAUUUUAGCUCUGUUGGGUAUGCUGUAGGGUAGUUUGUAUGCUGAGGCAGAUCUCCAUGUAGAGAUAUAGUGGGGGUAAUGUUUUGCUCAUAAAUUUCUGCUAAAAAUAUAUGAUUUUUGAAGUUGUUUCUGGGAGAGAUGAUUAAAUAAAAGAGGUGACAAAGAAGAUACCAUAUGUUGCAGUAGCAAAUCAUGUGGUGGUGUCAGGACAAUGUCCCAACACAUGUAUCCCUUGAGACAGAGUACAUCUCUCUCUGGUUUCCCAAUAAUAUAUUUACAGCUGUGUGAAUUGUCCUUCCUGGAAAUUCAGCUGAAGGUGUCACUGAAAUUGUCCCCUUUGGUUUAUCCCUAUCAGGCUUCUCUCUCACUUUCAUUUUAGCCUUUUUCAUUUUUAGAAUUCAGAGUGUUCAGCUCUGCUCAGUCUGUAGGCUGUCCCUGGUCCUUAACAGUGAAUGCUGACCUUCCUGCAUGGUUCUUCUAAGCUGCUGGGAUAACUGUGGGCACUGUGGCCAGUGGCCUUGUCAUUCCACACUGAGGUGAAUGCAUGGGCAAAUGUUGGAAUCUCUUCAUGUUCUGAUCUUGUAACUCAUUUGUUACCUCCUGCUGAGGCCAGGGCACCUGUGGCACCCUCAGUAUUUGGGGGAAGAGGUCUCUGCUGUAGCCCUCAGGAAGGAGAGAGCCAAGGCUCAUUAACACUCGGGGUAAAGGGGACUCUUCACUCUGAGUCUUGUCACCAGUCACUGCAGAGACACCUGCCCAAUGUGCUCAGCACAGGAUGGGCAAGAAACGGAAAUCUUUUCAGGAAAAGAUUUCCGUUUCUUGCCCAUCACUGGCAGCCACAGUGGUGAUUAGCAGAAACUAAUGAAGCUGUGACCAGUGGCCUUGUAAGGGCAUCAGCCACAAGGCCUCUGCUUUGGCAGUGCUGAGCACUGAGGGUCACAGCUCUCCUGCUCUCAUGUUUUCCAGCCUCCCAAGUGUACUCCCCCUCCCCCUCGUGAAUUAUGGUCCCAGUGACAUGGCCCCACUGUCCCCAGUGCUUCUUGCAGUGCAGAACUGGAAAACAACCCCAUUCAUUUGCAUACAAAGUGUGCACUUGUCUGUUGUAUUUGUCUGUUGGUAUCUCUAGAUGCCCAAGCUAGUCUGUCCUGUAGAUCUGGCUGAUACUUGGAAAUUCUUAGGAUGAUAGAAAACAUUUACAAAAGGGCAUUAGCAAAGAUUAAACUGAACAAGGCAUGGUUUGUUUAUAAUGCUAUUCCAAAAUGGAAAGCCUACAGAAAGAUGAUGAUUAAAUGUUAAGUGAUUGGGGUCUCAACCUGAGUCUUUAUUAAUCUAUCUGACAGAAUUUAGAGAAAUUAUUUUUUGUAUUGACAGAAUUUAGAGACAUUUUUUUAUGUUCCCUGACAAGUGACACCUUUUCCCCUACUGUAACUCCUCUGUUUAUUCCUCUCACUUAUACCUCACCAAAAUAAAAUAACAAUUAAAAACAGCAGCAACAAAACUCCUAAUCCCAGACACUGGAAUCUCUAAGCUUUUUACCAUGGCUAAUCCUGUUUUGCCAAUGCCUCUUGAGUGGUUUGACUCUCCCCCAAUGUAAAUGUAAGUGAUUACUGUUAAUGAACUAUUUCCUUCAGUAGUAUUAGUAGUUAGGGAGAGGCCAUCAGAUCUCAUAAUGCUAUCAUGCCAAUCUUUGUCUAAAGCAAAACAGAUCUUUCUUAUCUUGUGCAAGUAGUUUUCCAUGUGGGCAAGCAAGGACAAUUUUUAGACAUAAGCACAUUCUUUUUUUUUUUUUUUUUUGAUGGUAUAAGUUUCUUUAAAAUUAGUACAGCUCUAAAAAAUAUGAAUGUCAUAUUAGAUGAUGGUCCUCCUUAUGUUAUUUUGCUACAUUAAGCAUGUAUCUUAAAAGUUUAGUCAUGGAUUGCAGUGAGGAAGCCACAUUGCUUAUAAAAUACCAGGCCUGCAGAGAGCCCAGUGUGAAUAUACUGAAUUGCUUCUGGUACCUGAGGGAGCUUGGCUCUUUGGGCAGAAAUGCAGGUUCCUGUAUGUGCUGUCUUGUGCCCCAGUCAGGGGUCAGCAGUGUUUAUGGCUAAGUGACUGCUGCCCCUUAGGAUCUAAUGAAAGUUCCAUCAUUUUAGCUGUAAACUGCUCUUAACUUUCAAAUUUAUUACCAUGGUGUUUGUAAUAAGAUUAAAUAAAGUUAAGAACCUCUAUCUAACAGCCUUCUAUUCAAGUAUAUUCCUUAAAUUAUUUAAAAUGACACUAUUCUUCUUGUAUAAAAUAUAAUUGUGUUUGGUUUUGAGUCUGGUGUUGUUGCAGAAAUUCUGUGUUUGCUUUGUGGAGCAGAUUAUUGCACAGCAGGGCCAGAAUGAUGCAAAUGAAGGAGAAAAUUCAGGACAAAGACCUUGCAACCCCCUAACACUUCUCAGAAGUUGUCUUCUCUGAAAGGGCUAGUGCUGCCAUGGAGGGUCCUGGUCAGCAUCCAAAAAUGUUGGUAUGGAUCAGAUUGCUUAGCUUUUCCAAAUUCCACAUUUGCAUGUUAGUGUUCUCAUCCCUGAAACUGGCUUUAAUUUUAUAACUUAUUUUGCAGUCAGAUGCUGAUUUUGAAAGCAUAAAAUUAUGAAAAAAAAAUUUUAUUUUAUGAUCAGCCAAGUGAAGAUGGGUGAAACAGCUGCAAUCAUUAUUACAAAUUGUCUUGACUUGUGGGUUGACCACUGGAGUUAUAUAAAGAAACAAUAAGUGUGGAAAAUUUAGAGAAGUGUCUGGCAUUGCAUGCAUAUUUCUGGUAAAUAGAAACAUUUCUCUGACUCUUCCCAAAUUCUGUGGCUAACUUGUGUUGUUCAACAUGUCAGGUGAUUCUCACUGCCUCACUGUCUGUUAACUUGCUAUAGUAACAAAGUACUAGAUGAGGGUUCUUAAAAAACAGGGAAAAGGACUUUUUAUGUGGGCAGAUAGGACAAAGGGGAAUAGUUUCAAACUAAAAGAUGAGAGUGUUGUCAAAAUUUCAAUUAAAGUACAUGUGUGGAAUUGAAAAACACCGAAGGAUUUUAGAAUCAUGGUUAAUUUACAGUGAAUGUCUUUCAAUUGAUAUCAUACAUUAUAUUUAAUAUUUUGAGACUAAAUUUACUGGUGCAUUAAAUAGGUCAAAACUUUAAUCAUAAGUCAUAGCAAAAUACACAUUUGUUGCUUUAAAGUAGUUCAGUGGAAUUAGUGAAAGCAGCCUAGAUCCCCUCAUAAGCUAUCUGAAGCUAAGCCAAAAAUAGUGGAUGUUAAUUCCAUUUCUAUCCUAAUCCUUUCUCUGCUUGUCUAACAAUUUUCUAUAUAUUCAUAGUAGAGUAACUGCCUCAAAAAAUCAUACUUUCUUAUUUGUGUAUUCAGGUGUGAAUUUCAUGUGUGAAUUUCCUUUCAAAUCAAAAUCUUUCAGACAGACUCAGAACUUAAAAUAUAUACUUUUGACUAAAAUGCCAUUCCUAUAAAUUAUAUUUUUACAUUUUAAAAAUGAACAUUAAACCAAGCAGUCUGCUCUGCCCAGCACGCACAGAGGAAGUUGGUUUGGGUGCCUGUGUACCCACAAAAUCAGUAUGUUUCUACAUGUUUCAUGUGGGCAACCCAUUCCUGAUUAGCUGAUUCACAAAAUGCAAAGGUGUUGCAUGGCUGUGACAUUGAAGAGGUUCCAUAUUUUGAGGUUGGAUUUUUAAGAAGUUUGGCACCUCGUUCUCCAUACAUGACCCAGCCCCUCACCGGCAGAGGUGUCAGAAGGACCAUCCAGAGCUUUCUGCUUCCCAGCCUUUCCCAGAAGCCGUGGGCUGGACUCGGGGCUUGGUGGGAGGUCUGGCACCUCGGGAGGUGUGUGGGCAGUGUUGGGCCUCUUCUCAGGGGAUUUUUGUGCACCCUGAGCAAUCAGUGCCAGCAGUGCAUGUGUGAAAUGCAGAGUUUGGGCAGGCCCAAGGCCAUAGGAGAAUUGUUACAAUUAUGGUAGUGUGGAACACUGAUCUGUCUGAGCAACAGUGUUCAGAUGCUGUUGGGAGUAGCUGGUUAGAAUAUUCUAUAUGUUCAUGUGUAAUAUAUGUCACAUUGGCCCAUGAUUGGUCAUGGUUUCACCUGCAGUGGGGCAAAAAUAAAUUUCAUCAGAGUUUUCUUUGGAGCUUUCCUUGCCAGCAUCACCCUGGGUAUUGCUUUCAGUGAUGUCACUGUGUUUGGUCUGUUUCAUCCAUCUGAAUGUGUUGUGCGUGAGGUGACAAAUCAGUUUCAAAUGCAUCCCUUCUUUCAGUUGCAGAGGCUUCUGCAGUAAUGUCCAUUGCUACAUAAAGAAAGCAAAUAGAGCCUUGGUUUCUGUGUACACAUAUAUACAGCGUGUUUGAAUGCUGUAAACUUUGUAAGAGAGCACUUCAAACUUCCCACAGCCUUGUAUAAUUUGUAACAGGAUAUGUUUGAAGCUUCCUUUCACCUGAGCCUCAAUAUUUGUGUCUGAGGAUUUCCAUUAGUGAGUGUUGUUUCAUGCAGGUGUGUGUGAGAGCCUUUGCAGGUGUUAUCUUUUAAAGAGAUUAAAUGUAAGGUUUUCACCUUGGAGGCAGCUAUUGCUCUGGUGUUUAAUCCUCUUGACUCCUUUGAACCCUCUGUGGCAGACUAUACUGAUGUGCAGAAGUGACUGCAGGAGAGGUAACGUGUAUGAAGGAUGGGAAUUCACCUUUUUUCUGCAUACAGUUCAAAUUGGAGCAAACCCUAUGCUAGAGGAUAUUGCUGCUGGUCGCAAGUCCCUGAUACACAACCCACAAUGAGAAUUUUUGUAAGAAUGUGAUUACGAAUAUUAUUAUUUUUUAAUGUUGUCAUGCUCAAUUUAAUUUCAUGAUGGAAAAUAGCCAACACAAGUGGAUUUCAGGUGAUGGGAAAAUUGCAGCCUGUUAGCCUGCCGACAUUAACAAUGGAAAUGGAAUUAAUUACAAGCACUGAUAGCUGCCUGGAUCAGCUGUAGAGCUCUUGGUUGGCAGAGGGAGCAAAGGGCAUGUUCUUAUCUGUUACACUGCUACGUGACUCUUGAAGCCUGUAAAUAUCACUUUAAAAGGAUCACGUAUGAGAGUGUUGAAUGUGAGCCCUUGCAGCCUCUGUGUCCUUGAUGGUAAGAGUGAACUUCCCUGUUACAUUUGCAGAGUGCUUUUGUUCACCAUGUGUAUGUACCUUUCCUGUUCCACACAUUUAUUUUUAUUUUAUUGAUAUAAUGCACAAGAAAUUGUGCAGGUUUCUGUCAGAGACCUGCUAAGGAGGCAGAGUGCAUAGAAUAUAUCUGAGGGAAAGUUGUCUAAAAUGAGAAAAUCUGGCUUUCACUCUCUACAUCUGCACAACAAAAUAUCUGGUAGUACUUGGCCUGGAAGCAAUACACACUCUCUGGAUCUUUUUGUUCAACACAGUGAGUUCUUGUAGAAAAGACAUAUGUAUUUGUGUGGGUAGAUACAGAUAUAUAUGAGCACAUUAAAAUAACUUAGUUGUACAAAUGUUGCAACACCUGUGUGACACCAAGGCAAUAUUUGUAGUCAGUCAGUGGAAGAUUUGAUUCAAUCAGCAAAAAUGGAUCUCUAAAUCUGGUGAGAUUCAAAAUCUUCGAUCACAGCUCCCCUUAGAUGUGAAGCUGCUAACAUAAAUUUUGACAAUGUAUAGGGUACUGCAACAACUGGUAGAAACAAGGGUUUUCUAAAAAUAGAAACUACAGAGUCCACUAUAAAAAAGGACAGAAGAACUGCAAGACUUUGGCUAAAAAUUUUCUUCUUUCAUUUUUACCCUGCCUCUGGUGUCAUGAGUGUGCACCUUCUACAGCCAGCAUGAACUUGUGGAUUUGCAGCCUGAGAGCCCGGAGCACACACCCUUAACAGAGGCAGUGCUGAGUUGCAGAUUCACCUUACAGAGAGAGGGGAGUUUCACCUCCAGCCUUUCACUGGAUCCCUCUUUGCAGCCACCUCCUGUGGUGCCAGAGAUCUCUCUUUUUUGCCAUGUCAUCUGACAGCCACCAGCUCCACACCCAUUGUUACCAGGACUCACUAAAUUCUACUUGUCCCAGUCUCUUGAAUGUCAACAGUCAUCCCCUAUCCAAGAGCUCCUCAAACCUGACCUGUAUUGGGCACUCAAGGAGUUUCGAGGAAAGGCAAAACAAACAGGAGCUGAAGAAAAGCUAUAGUAGCACCAUCUGCCAUAUCCUGGAAAACAGGAGUGAUGCAAGGAGCGUGCAGAGUCCUGGAUGGUCCUCCUCACAGCCUGGGAUGAUGGGACUUGGAUCAGAGGUGCAAACCAUAAAUGACCAGUCAACCAAUGACCAUUCAGAGGGAAGAACUAAGUAUACAAACCAUGUUCUUGUCACUGAACAGUCCUCAGUGUCCUGGGGAGUGGGGGACACUAGGAUGUGUGUAAAGAGCAGCACUACUGAAAAUGUUUCUUCAGCUUGCUUUGUUCACCAGCAAGGCAUGUGUAAAAUGGAAGAAUCAGGAACUGCCCUUCAGAGAAGCCACUCAGACCUAACCUGCAGCUGCAAACAGCAGAUUCAUGUCACUCACAUAGAAACCAGUGCUACUUACUCCAGCCUAAGCCCUUCUGGCUGCAGUCAUAGUCUGCCAGUGGCUAGGAUGUCUGACCAAAUGCAGAGAUACGGAUCAGAAACAAAUCAAAAUACAUCUCACUAUCAAAACCUUGUGACUCAUCUUCCAGUCCUACCUAGAGACCAACAAGUACCCACAAACACCUUUGACAGUGGCAGUAUUCCACGUAACACUACUGUUUACACAGAUCCUGGCACAUUUCACGCUGCUGUUCUGGGACCCCACAUGCCUGGAAACAGUUUCCCAAACAGGACAACGUUCAGUCAAGCCCCUGGGAUUAUUCAUGGGGGUCUGACUUAUGGUAACAUUCCAAACUCUGUGUACUCCCCCAUGGCGAUGACAGUUCACAACAACUCAGCAGGGCCCUGCAGUCUCAGGCAGGACGCCCUGAAGGCAGAUGCCACCAUCCCGGCCUAUUGCCACUCCUUGCCCAUCCCAUCCAUCCAGCUCGUGCCACGGUUGGUGUGCUCCGUCAGUGAGACAGGAAACGAGCAGGCAGCACCUGGCUACUUUCAUUCCUUUUCUGCUUCAGACAUUUUGACAUAUCCCAAGCUGGUGUCUUCAGUAAGUGAAUCAGGCCUGGAUGCCAAGAAAAUCCUGAAGUGCUGUAACAUUCCUGGAGAACAGCUGCAACCUGCUCCACAGGAGAGAGCCCCUCCAGAAGCCAAGGCUGCCCAUGUUGCUCUGAGCAGCCAGCAAGGUGCAGACAUAGUAGUGACAACUAAGGAUAUGUGGACUAUGACCUCUAUGAAUGACAUAACCAAAGGCCUAAAAGCAGCUCUGGAGUGCAGAGAUGCCGAGGUACAAACUCUUCCAACCAUGGAAUGCAAAUCAGUGGCAACAAGCCCAGCAGCUGCAGCAGAAGGUCACUCACACGUGUUCCCAGAGGUGAACCUGGAACAAGGCUCGGAGGCCCCCAAAUCUCCAGUUCGCGAAGUGCGAUGGGAUGAUGAAGGAAUGACAUGGGAAGUGUAUGGGGCAUCUGUGGAUCCGGAAGUCCUUGGGGUAGCCAUUCAAAAACAUCUCGAGUUUCAAAUAGAACAGUUCCAGACAGAGCCUGCUGAGAAAAGCAAUAAGGAGCCACCCCCUGAAAAAGCUGGGAAAAAAAGGCCUUUCAGAACAAUGAUGCAUUCCCUGAGAUAUCCAAGCUGUUGUGCUCGCUCCAGUACUGCAGUGGAGUGAGCACAGCUGUAGGCUGUAGGAUUGCUGUGCUGCUUUUAAAUUGUACAUAAAUGCUGACUCUUAAGUGCUAACACAGUAUAUGUGGACAGCCCACAUCAGGAUGAGAGGGAAAACUUCAGUGAACAUCAAAUAUACAUUAAAGCAAGGAGAAGUCCAUGGCUGGACCAGAUAACAGAGAGCAUAAGAAUAUACUUAAAUAAUGCCAUCCAAAUGCUCUUGACUGUAUUUAAUGUAGCACUGAUUCCUUCUAUGUUAGUUUUAAACUGUAUUGUAAGGAAUGGAACUUCUUUUUUAAUUAUACAUUUUUUAAAAAUAAUGAUAACUUUUUUCUGUAUUUUAAUAAUUUAGGGUUAGAAAACAAAGUUUAAAAAUUAUGCUUUAAUCAAAGUUCUUAGCUUUCAAUCACACCCUUAAAUUGUUUUGGCAGCUGUUUUGCUGUUAAUUUAAUAAUCCUGAAUAUAAGCCCACUUUAACUGUAGAAAAAAUAACAAACUAGUGUAAUGUUCUAUGACAAAGAAUUGUAACUUUUUUCUACAUAACUGUGAAGUAAUUUUAGUGUUGCUGGUCUGAACUCUUCCCUUAGCAAGCUCAUGUACAGUUGGAGGACACUCCAUCAACUUUCCAAUUAGUUUGUAGUUACGAUGAAUUACACUCUGAAUAUCAAGAACUUAUGUUUACCAAGUGAUUGACACAAAUGUACAGUAUUACCAAAGAUGACUGAUGUAAUGUGAAUUGCUUACUGAAUGCUUGUUUUAGAGACCUGAGAUGGAAGCUGUUCAGAUUAGUCUAUGGCAACACCAUACCCUACAACUCACAAGCAGUUUCGGUUUGUUUAUAUUAAAAGUAAUUUCCAGUAAGUUCUUUUUAUGUGCAUCUAUCCUGAGCAGUGGUUAUUUGGCUAUUGCAUAAGCCACAGGGGACAGUUUGCACAUAACCUUUGCCUGUCUUGUGUUCCCUCUCUGGUCUGACGUCAGGCGUCUGCUGAAAGUGAGACUUUGUGUCUUCCCCAAAGGACAGUCCUAAGAUUAUUCCGAGUGCCUUGGUCAUUUGGGCAGCUUAAAGAUUUAUUUUCUUCUAGAAACAACUUCACAAACAAGUUUUCAGUGAGAAACUUGUUACAGUGUAAUGCAGCCAACAUGCAGGGCCUGUUUGAAGUAAAAGAUUUGUCAAGGAAGCUGAGAAUUCUAUUUCUAGUGUCAUAUGUGCCUUUGGUGAAUGGCUGAGAUUCUUGGGGAAACGAGAGGUGCAAUUUUUUUUUUUUUUUUUUUUUUUGUGAGAGGGAAGAGAAACAUUCAUUUCUGUCUCAAAAGAAAAUUUGCAGUGUCUGAGAACUUACUGCUGUGCAAUUAUGGACUUCUCUUUAAAUGUGUGUGGUUGUGCUUUAUUGGUUUGGUUUGGUUUUUUUUCCAGAAAGUUAGCAGACUGACACCAUAAUGUUCACCUGACAUUUGCAUACCAAGAGGAACCCCUGGUGAUUAGGAGAGCUUUAAACUUUCAUCUAUAAAAUCCUUAAAUGUAGGACCUCCUAGUUGGAAUGACCUGUGAUGCAUUAAUUUAAUGAUGUAGAGUAGUUCAAGAUCAACUUUUCACUCCUGGACAAAGCGGGAUUUAAUAAGCUGGCUCCUGUGAAAUUCACCUUGCAUUCAGGAGGGUUCAUUCAGACCCUGGGACUUUGGCCUUAGAGAGGUCUGAGCUCAAAAUUAGUUUUAUACAAACCAAGUGUGAAGCCACUGGAAUAUAAUGCCUUACUCAGGAUGCCUCUAUAGCUGUGAACAUCUAAGUUCUGCUAAUGAUUCUGAAUGUUAAAAUUCCUUUUAUUGAAGCUUUAAUUGGAGUAAGGAAGUAAUGAGUAACUAAAUAAAAUUACUCUGCUGUUAUUUAGAGUUUAGUUAAGCAGUUUCUAUACAGGCUUAUUUUAUGGUCCAGAAUAUUGAACAUUAUUUUUUUCCCUUUCUUCAAACAUUACACUUUGAGAAUUUUAAGUACUAUAGUGGUCUAAAACCUUGUGCUGUCUGUUAGAUUGUCCUCACAUGUACAGGAGAAUUAAAGAUUUGAAGAGUCAAACUAAAGCUUUAAAAUAGCAAGAGUACCUUCCAAUACUUUAUAUCCAUACUUUAUUUGACAUAUGGAAUAACUGUAUUCUCCUUCCCACCCCUGUCGUUCCUAGCACCUCUCCAAAAUAAAGCCCCCAGCUGUAGGAAGAUGAUAUAAAUAAGACCAGUAUCAAACUGGUCAGAAAGAGAGAUUUUGUAGAAGGGACUGGAGUAAUAUAGCAAAAUCCCUUGAACUCUUUGUCUGUUGUGCUAUAAAACCUAGAACAAUUCUUGUAUUUGAUACAGUUCUGGUGUCAAUUACUUAUGGUUUAUGCAUUGAUAUGACUACAGUCCUGAAUAUGAUUAUCAUUCCUGAACGAUAAAAAUAAAUUACAAGUAAAGGCAAA